AUGCCGGGUACCAGCAGGGGGAAACUCCGCAUUGCCGAUCCUUUUGUAGAAAAUAACGAGCAAAUGCUGCAAAGACUUAUUCAUGAGGCAUUUAUCAGCAUUAGCCACGGGAAGAAUCGUGUUAACCUCAUGCAGGCAGGAGCAGGCCUCGAGUUCGCCUUCAAAAGAUUGCAGCCUGUUGUGCCUCUACCCGAUCGCGAGUGUAUUCAGAAACUUUGA